ACCUCACGGAAACCGUUUCAGUCGCCUGUGCUCAUCAUGGCCAACAUGAUCGUCAACCUCUCAAUAAUUUUAUUUUUCUUGGGUGGUAUUAUCCAUCUCAAUGAAGCCCAGACAACGGAUUGUUCGAAUUCGUGUAUGCUUCGAGCAAGAUGCACUCCUUACUACAAGGAUCUGGUCUGGUCAGUGGUGAAUCGCGUUUGUCGGGUCUUCCAGAACGGUUGCAUCUUUGCCAAUGAAAACUGCAUGAGAGCCAAUCGCUGCUUGCCACCCAUGGUAGCCACUACAAAGGAGGAGUGUACGAAGGAGAACUACUGUCCAAGGUGGUGUUCCCGGGGAGGUCCGCCGGUCUGCGCAUGGUUUCCCUAUACGGACAGUAAUGGGAAUACCGGGGGUCGAAACAUGUCAUUCGGAAGUCGCUGUCUACUAGACAUGUAUGCAUGCCGUAAUGAACAGGCCUAUGUCAACGAACCACGGAUCGGAUCGUGCACAUAAAAUAUUUAAAUAAAUAAUAAAAUAUUUACCAAUAUA